CGUCUCUGUCUCAACGGAAGUUCUGGGCAGGAAGUCAUCAUCGGCACCGGCCUGGAGACGGUCGAAGCCUUGGUCUUUGAGCCCAUCAGUCAACUGCUUUACUGGGUGAACGCCGGCAUCCCCAAAAUCGAGGUCGCAAACCCAGACGGGGACUUGCGUCUUACCAUUUUAAACUCCUCGGUGCUUGAGCGACCCCGGGCCCUAACUUUGGUGCCCAAAGAAGGACUGAUGUUCUGGACAGACUGGGGGGACUCCCGGCCGGGUAUUUAUCGAAGCGAAAUGGACGGCUCCUCUGCUACUUGCAUUGUCUCCGAGGGAGUAAAGUGGCCCAAUGGAAUUUCAGCAGAUGAUCAUUGGAUCUACUGGACGGAGGCCUACAUGGACAGGAUCGAGCGGGUCGACUUCAACGGCAUGCAGAGAUCAGUGAUCUUGGAUAGUCUUCCUCAUCCUUAUGCCAUUGCCGUGUUUAAGCAACGACGGUGUGUGAUCCUGACACCCAAUUCCGUUGCCACGAAUCAGGGACCUGCGUCCCCCUGUCCUACAAGUGUGAUCUGGAGGACGAUUGUGGAGACAGUAGCGACGAGAGCCACUGUGCUGUUCAUCACACUUGUGAAGCCUCCAGUUUCCGCUGCCAAAACGGGCACUGCAUCCCCCAAAGAUGGGCUUGUGACGGAGACACCGAUUGUCAAGAUGGAACGGAUGAAGACCCCAUCAAUUGUGAGAAGAAAUGCAAUGGUUUCCAGUGCUCCACGGGGACGUGUAUCCCUUCUAGCAAGCGAUGCAACGGGGUGCAGGACUGCUCCGAUGGCUCGGAUGAACAACACUGUGAAUCCCUCUGCACACACUACAUGGAUUUCAUGUGCAAGAACCGGCAACAGUGCCUGCUGCGCUCCAUGGUGUGCGACGGCACCUUGCACUGUCGCGACGGCUCGGACGAAGAUCCCGCCUACGCCGGGUGUUCCCAGGAUCCAGAAUUCCAUCGCACUUGUGACCAGUUCAGCUUCCAGUGCCAGAACGGUGUGUGUGUCAGCUUGGUGUGGAAAUGUGACGGCACCGAUGAUUGCGGAGACUACUCGGACGAGGCCAACUGUGAAAACCCAACCGAAGCCCCCAGCUGUUCUCGGUAUUACCAGUUCCAGUGUGACAACGGGCACUGCAUCCCGAACCGAUGGAAGUGCGAUCAAGAAAAUGACUGCGGAGAUUGGUCGGAUGAGAAGUCGUGCGGUGCUGUUGGUGCCAGUUCCACAUCAGCCAGUGUUCAUGGACGGUGCAGCCGCUUUGAAUUUGAGUGCCAGAAGACCAAGAAGUGCGUCCCGAACUGGAAACACUGCGAUGGCUUGAAAGAUUGCCAGGACGGCACGGAUGAACUGAACUGCCCCACUCACAGCACCUUGUUAUGCCCUAGUGGAUUCAGAUGUGAAGAUAGGGAGGCCUGCAUCAUGAAGACGGAACGAUGUGACGGUUUUCUGGAUUGCCCGGAUAGCAGUGACGAAAAGAAUUGUACCGAUGAUACCCUCGUCUAUAAGGUUCAGAAUCUUCAAUGGACAGCUGACUUUUUGGGCAACAUCACUUUAUCCUGGGCUCAGCCGAAGAAGAUGCCUCUCACUUCCUGUGUGUACAACAUCUACUACAGGUGGAAUACAGCAGAUCCGGUUCAAAGGAAUGGUCUUCUGUGAGGGCGCCCACUAACUACUCGGAAGUGGAGAUGUUGCAGGUCAACGCCUUAUAUGUUUUCAGAGUUGCCGCAGUAACAAGCCGUGGAGUGGGGAACUGGAGCGACUCCAAAUCCAUACGAACAGUCAAAGGCAAAG